UUUGAAUGCUCAGAAUGUGGUAAGAGCUUCAGCCGGUGUAGCAAUCUUCAGCGACAUCAAAGAACCCACACAGGGGACAAACAUUAUGAAUGCUCAGAGUGUGGAAAGAGCUUCAACUGGAGUGGCAGUCUUCAGCGGCAUCAACGAAUACACACAGAGGAGAAACCUUUUGAAUGCUCUGAGUGUGGAAAGAAAUUCAGUCAGAGUUGCCACCUUCAACAGCAUCUAAGAACCCACACAGCAGAGAAAACCUUUGAAUGCUUAGAGUGUGGAAAAAGAUUCAUCCAGAGUUGCAAUCUUCAGCGGCAUCAAAGAACCCACACAGGUGAGAAACCUUAUGAAUGCUCAGAAUGUGGAAAGAAAUUCAGUCAGAGUUGUCAUCUUCAGCAGCAUCUAAGAACCCACACAGCAGAGAAACCUUUUGAAUGUUCACAGUGUGGGAAAAAAUACACUCAGAGUUGCCAUCUUCAGCGGCAUCAAAGAACCCAUACAGAGGAGAAAUCGUUUGAAUGUUCAGAAUGUGGAAAGAAAUUCAGUCAGAGUUGCAAUCUGCUACAGCAUCAAAGAAUCCAUCAGAGACACCUUUUGAAUACUCAGUGA